UUCUGGCUCUGUUGCCAAGGCUACCGUACAGCCUCUUGCUGCAUAUACCUAGACGAAGCUGCCGCCUGUGGAUCUCUCUCUCUCUCCUCCAGGAUACAAACAAAAGGAAAACCAUCAGACUUUUGUAUAUUUCUCUUUCACACACACACACAUUGGUAGAUUCUGCCUGUCCUACCCUCACACACUGUCAGUCUGUCUCCUUCUUGCAUGCAAACACACUCCUUCUUCCCCCAGACAGAGGAGCAGUAAAGGGAUUGCCGUGGUUCUUGGUGUUUUGGCUCCUGGUCCUUUGGCUCAGAGGGAGCAGAGCGGCAGAUGGCGAUGUGAAGACGGGCUCAGCCAGAUUUGACUCUGCCACACAAUGGCUGACAACGGCUGGUUGCCACAGGAUACAGGAUUUAACUUGAUCAUGUGAUCUGACUCCCUCCCCAGUUCCCUGCCAUCUAUCAUAGGGGGAUCAUGACCCGCCGGCUGAGCAGCUCCACCCGUUCCCACACCGAGGACUCCAUCUUCCUGAAGCCCGAAGAGGACCCCGUCUGGCUCGAUGAGCCCACAAAGUCUGAUAAAAUAGGCGAUGGAGCCCCUAAAAAAGACGGGCUCCCACAAUGCAAAGAUGGGCCCACCGGGGGCCAAAGCCCGCAGGGAGAGGAAGUGUUUAUGCGCAAGGUGUACUCGCUGGUGAUUGAGAUCCACUGCUGGGCUGCACUGUUUGCCGUCUCCCAAGUCACGGGGUACUGGGUGUUUUUUGUGGUGGAAGGAAACGGACCUCUCUCUUCCAUCUACAAAGCCCUGCAGGUCAUCGACUUCUACCUUGGCUUCAUCUUACCCUGCCACCCGAUUUUUGGAGUGGACUCCAUGGUGUUGAUGAGGGAGGUUGUGAACACCAAAGAGCACAACUGGAUUGUUCAUGGAACGGCAGGCAUUGGUGUGGCCAUCUGUGUUAUCAUGGUCGUCCACAUGGUGUGCAAGUGGCGUUACGGCACUGGCUUGUGGUCGUCAGGUACAGUGCCGCGGGACAUCGGCGAUCGGCGUCAGUCUGUGAGCCGCCAGCCCUCCUUUACCCUGUCAGAGUGGACGGACGCUCAGGAGGAUCUACUGGACAUGGACCCAGUGCCCCAGACGCCGGUCUUUGAGAUGGGCAUUGACAACAGGAUGGAUGGAGACGCCAUCACCCUCACUGUCACACCAGUGGGGCUUCAGGAGAGGAGGGGCUCCAACGUCUCCCUGACCUUGGACAUGUGUUCGCCGGGCUGCACCGAGCCCUACGGCUACGGAGCCCAGCUCUCCCCCAGAGACCAGACGGCCAAGGAGUACCUCCGACAGGGAACGCACAGCCUGACCCCUGCCAUGCUACACGAACGGGCCAUGGAUGACCAGAGCCUGCAGGCGGAGUUUUAUGAAACUCCCAUGAACUUUGUGGACCCUAAGGAGUACAACUACCCGGGGCUGGUGAGAAAGAACCGCUACAAAACCAUCUUACCCAACACACACAGCAGAGUGAUCUUGAAGUCACAGGAUGAAGACGAUUUCCUCCUUACUUACAUCAAUGCUAAUUAUCUCAAAGGUUAUGGGGAUGAGGACUGUGCGUACAUUGCCACACAGGGUCCCACCGUGAACACAGUUGGGGACUUCUGGAGGAUGGUGUGGCAGGAGAGAUGCCCAAUCAUAGUGAUGAUCACCAACCUGGAGGAGAAAAACGAGAAAUGUGCGGAGUACUGGCCUGAGGACACUGUGACCCAUGAGGGCAUCGAGAUCACCGUCGUCACGGUAACCCAGGAGGAUGACUACAGUCUGAGGGUGUUUACUUUGAAGUGUGGGGGAGAGGAGCGUAGCCUGCGGCAGUACUGGUACACCUCGUGGCCUGAUCAGAAGACCCCAGAUAAGGCUCCACCUCUUCUGGAACUGGUGCAGGAAGUGGAAAGGGCCCGAGAGGAAGCCCCGCCCUCCAGUGGCCCUAUAAUUGUCCAUUGCAGUGCUGGAAUUGGUCGAACCGGCUGCUUCAUUGCCACCUCCAUCCUGUGCAAGCAGCUGAGGACCGAGGGUGUGGUUGACAUCCUGAGAACCACCUGCCAGCUCCGUCUGGACAGGGGCGGGAUGAUCCAGACGGGCGAGCAGUACCAGUUUGUUCAUCACGUCCUCAGCUUGUAUGAGAAGCAGCUGCCUCACGCUGCCGAGGAGUAGAGUGAGCGCUAACAGCCACACCCAGACCGAGACACACCACUGUACACUGUGCCGCCUCUGGUGGUAUGCACCACUGUACCUAGCAUCAUCUCAAUCUCACCCUUUAACAAGUUCAAACCAUGGUAAUCUCUUCACCCAAGAAAGGCUCGCUCAGACAGGACUGAAUGGUUGACAUGAAAGCUUUGCUUACUGUAUGUCUUUGAGCAGAACAAACAUAGGGAGGAGGGAUUGGAGAUUGGAGCCCCCAAAAAUCCUGAUCAGACACUUUAGUGUCAUCAAUCCACGCAGUCCUGGAGAGUCGUAACAGUCAGGCCCCGAAAUAAUCCAAGCCCGCCCUCCUGACAUCAUUUCAUUUGCACUGCUGAGGAUUUUGUAUCAUGUUACUGUCAUUCAAGGCCUCAUUUAGUACUUAGCCCCCUCACAUACUGUAUGUACAGCUAUCAAACGGUUAAACGGAAGUAUGAUCAGUUCACCUGCAGCGGUGUCAGUUUGCCGUAAAGAGGAAAUUCAAGUUCAGUCUCCCAAAGUUAGAGUCAAUAAUAAGAGCCCUCUGCAGUAUACUGUAAGUGCCAGCAUAAUUAAAAUCUACAGAAAUGAUCAAAUGCCAGCCAAAUAUUAAACACUAUAUAGAUGUAAAAGUUCACAUGAAAUAUAAGUGAAAAUCUUUCCUCAUUGACUCUCACUGACUCUCACUUUUAAUGUAAAAAAAAAAAUCAUUAUAGAAGGCCUGUUUCAACUUUUUGAUGCAUUCAGGAGCCGCCUCAUCUUCAGGUUGCAUGGUGCUAAGUGUUCAUUAAAGGCAUGUGCAAUGUUAUGGAACAUAGGAAUGUAUAACAAUUAGGUUAUUAAUUAACUAAUUAGGAUUUCUGUGCAAUCUACAGUAUUACAGUUUUACCAUGCUGCCUGUGCAGUCCUCAUGGCCCCAUGAUGUUUACAGUAAACAACUCCAGCAUUAAAGGCCACAUAGACGUACACUCGGAGGCGUCACAGAGCCGGCGACACUGAGGGGACAGAGGCCAGGAAUAGACUCAGACCGUCGGAAAAAUCAAUGCAAAGCUGUGGAGAAUCUGACAUAGACACACAGGGAAGUGUAAUGCGCAGGAAAGCAAAAAAGGUUGCAUUAAGAAAAUGCACCAUGAAUUGAUGACGGAUCAUCACAUACUGCUAAUCUUCUUGUAAAUGUCCCAUUGCUAUCAUGAUCGCCCUCAGAGUUACAUGCUCUGUGAUGUCUCCGCUUUCAACAGUAGCUUGAACACAUCCGUGAAGUGAGAAGCCCAUGAUUGUUGUAUAGACAGGCCAGGCCUAAAUCUGUAUGAAGCACAAUAGACCAACUAAGGUUGUCUCUGAUGUUCAGCCGUAAAAGUUUUUUUCUUUCCGUAUUGUGUUUUGAUUGUGUUGAGUUUAAUGGAUUGCAUGUGCUGUAUGGGACUCCAUAGGUCCACAAUCAAAGCGACGUGAUUGGUUGUCCUGCUUUUUGUUGUGUAAAAGGGUUUUAAGCCUAUUAUAUUGCUUGCUCUCGGCCAAUGCUUUUGAUACAGUUUGCUUUUGUGAAACCAACCAGAGAUAUUUUUAGAACAUUUUGAUACAAUCCUUUCGAGUAGAUGCCUUGUGUAUAUUUCCGUUUACACCAUGAUGGAAUGUAGCUCAUACUGUGGAUCAAACCAUCGGUUUAUAUUGCAAGAUUUGACAGAACAAAAAUGUGACAACUACCUAAGUUACCUUACAGUACAGAAAAAUAAAUAGAUUAUGUUCAGUCUUCAGUAUUAUUACUUUAUGCCUUUAGGCUUUGCUUUAAUAUGCUUUGCUUUCUGUGUAUGUUUUUAUCGUUUUUUUCUUGGAGAAUUUUACCUCAGACUGAGUUUUUUUACGCAGUCCCCUCUCGAUUCCAUCUGGGCCACUCUCAGUUGACAACAUGAGAAAUAAUUGCUAUGUGUAUAAGGCAGCUAAAACAGUGAAGACAGUUUUCUAUGUAACAAAAAAUCACACUCAGACAACUUCUAUCUAUCAGAUCAACAGUCAUGAACAUUAUCAGAGGAUGGAGUUAUCUGUGUGGACUCGGACCAAUUUAUAAACAUCUAAUCAACUAGCAAAUUAAACUGCCAAAAUUACCUUUUACAGGAAAAUAGGACUUGAUAAGAAAAGCUACUAUCUGUUGUCAGACGUUUGACAUAAUCCUCUGAUAAUGUCCAGUGUACUCGACUGAACAACUUUUGUUUUGAGUGCUAGUUUUCAAUGCUUAAGGUCCUCCUCUGAUGAUCAAAACGGGGAUGACGAAAUAGCCAAACAGUCAGACAUACAACCAACCAGCAAUCAGUAUUCCUCUCCCCUGCUACAGUAUCGCUUUAAGUUGUGAGUUUUUGCAUCCAAAUAAAGGUAGAUUUUCAUGAA